AUGGGAGGUCGUAUUGACAAAGAAGUGAAUACAGGGAGGGCGCCUCCAAUUUUUAGGUUGAAUGGACAAAAUUUUCAUUUGUUGGGUAGUUUGUUACCUAUUGAAGGAAAUCGACCUAAAUUUGCACAAUUAUACAUUCAUGACCCUGAAAAUGAGAUGUGUAAUCGAUUGAACUCUGUCAGGGGGAAUAAUGAUCUCAGCAAACUAGAUGAAGAUAUUGUUGCUGACCUUCAAUUAACAUUGGAUGAAAAUAAUGUUUUGGUAAAAUCAUUCCGGAUGGCUCGCGAUGUAAUAGUUACCAAUCCGACUGUGCAAGUUAGGAUGAAAUUGAUAGGGAAGCGUAACCAAGAUGCCAAAACAUAUAAUUUGCCAACAGUGUCAGAGGUUGCAGCUAUCAUUGUUGGUGAUCUGGAUCCCACGUCGGGUCAGCGAGAUAUAUUGAUAGAAACAAGAUCGGGUGUGCUAAAAAGAAUUAGUGAGCUUAAUCCAGCAUAUCUCCCUCUUCAUUAUCCAAUUCUGUUUCCAUAUGGUGAAAAUGGUUAUAGAGAAGAUAUUCCUUUUAAUGUUGAACAAAAUAUUCAUACAGGAAGAAGGCAUAGUAUUUCUCUUCGUGAAUACCUAUCAUUUCGUAUUCAUGAACGAUGUGGUGAGAUUUCAACAUUUCUAUUUGCGAAAAGAUUGUUCCAACAAUUUUUAGUCGAUGGGUAUACGAUGGUGGAAUCUGGGAGAUUGUUGUAUGUCCAUAUGCAUCAACAGAGUCUGUGUUGUGGAUCUUAUAGAGGUUUGUUUGACGCAUUGACUCGUGGGGAAAUUGAACCUGGAACUCAAGGUCGACGAAUUGUUUUACCUUCUAGCUUUACGGGUGGUGCACGGUAUAUGGUUCAAAAUUAUCAAGAUGCAAUGGCAAUUUGUGCUUGGAUUGGUUAUCCAAAUUUAUUCAUUACAUUUACAUUGAUUUAUACUGUUGAAUUUCAGAAGCGCGGGUUACCACAUGCACACAUACUAUUGUUCCUUGAUCGUGUUGAUGCUAACGCGCUCAGUGAUAAUAUCGAUUCCAUUAUUUCAGCCGAGAUUCCAAGUAUGGAUGAUGAUUUAGAAUAUUACCAAGCUGUUGAGGAGUUUAUGAUACACGGUCCAUGUGGUGUUGCCAACAAAAAAUCUCCGUGCAUGGUUAAAGACCGUUGUUCAAAACACUUCCCAAAGAAAUUUAUGGAAUCUUCAGUUAUUGAUUCCAGUGGUUACCCUAUUUACAGGCGUAAGGAUGAUGACAGGACAAUUAUGAAAAGUGGUGUUGAGCUGGAUAAUAGAUUUGUUGUGCCCCACAAUAGAUAUUUGCUGCUGAAGUAUAGAGCACACAUUAAUGUUGAGUGGUGUAGUCAAUCUCAGUCAAUAAAAUAUUUGUUUAAAUAUGUCAACAAAGGCAAUGACCGAGUUACUGCCCAGUUUUAUAAGAGCACUAAUUCUGAAGAUAGUAGUGAAGUUAUUGAUGAGAUUAAUAUGUAUUAUGAUUGCCGAUAUAUUUCUCCGUGUGAAGCUGUGUAG